AUGACUGAUCGAGAUUUUCUCAGACGAUGUCACAAGGAUAUCGGAAAUAAAAACCAAACGACGCUAAGAUCGUUGAUGUAUCCACCAUUACCCAAAGACGGAAGUAUUUUACCUGGUCAGGUGAGAUGUGGAGAACAUUCUGAUUAUGGUGCAGUAACUAUGUUAUUUCAAGAUGAUAUUGGUGGUCUAGAGGUGUGUAAUACAGCAGGUGAAUAUAUCCAGGCUACACCUGUACCAGGUGCUAUCUGUGUUAAUAUUGGUGACUUGAUGCAAAGAUGGACGGCAGAUAAAUUAAUGGCCACGAAACACCGCGUAUUAAUACCAGAAGAUGAAGUUCGGAGAAACAAAGGGAGACAAUCCAUAGCUUUUUUUAUUCAGGCAGACGACGACUGUGUUAUUAAAUGUUUAGAUGGGUCUGAUAAAUACCAGCCUAUUACAGCUCUAGAUUAUCUCAACUGGAGAUUUAGUCUCACCUAUUAA